AGACGCUCUUUUAGUAUUACCAGACGCUGCCCUGUGGUUGAGUAACCGUCAAUCUCUAGCAAAGCAUAGAGUUUCCAAUUUUGCAAAGAAGAAGGAACAGAAAGGAGGAGGAAGAAACCAACAUUUUAGUAAAACAAUGGAAUCAAAGAUAGGGAAAUUCUUUGAGUCAGUUACCAGCUUCUUCUCCGCCUCAGAUCCGCUUCCUUGGUGCGACGCUGACAUUGUUGCUGGCUAUGAAAAGGAGGCUGCUGAGGCAGAAAAAGGUUCUGCUGAGUUGAAAAAUGAAUAUAGUAUGUGUUUUUCAUGGGCUCUUGUUCACUCAAGACGAGCAGAAGAUGUGCAACGUGGGAUAGCUAUGCUUGAAGCUUUAUUGGACAGCACUACUAGUCCAUUGAAAAUGAGAGAGAAGCUUUAUCUUCUGGCUGUUGGAUAUUUUCGAAGCGGUGACUAUCCAAAGAGCAGGGAGAUUGUGGAGCACUGUUUAAAGAUGGAACCUGAUCGGAGGCAGGCACAAUCUCUUAAAAAGGCAAUUGAAAACCGGGUUACAAAAGAUGGUGUCAUUGGCAUAGGUAUUGCUGUUACUGCUGCAGGGCUGAUUGCUGGUGGCAUUGCUGCAGCUUUAGCACGGAAGAACUAACCUAUCCAUCUGAUACGUAUGAGAAAUCUUUCUGCUUGAACAUUUUCUGUGAAGAAAGGAAAAGAAAUGCUACCUGAGUGCAUUUUUUCUCUCAUGUUUCGGAUAUUGCCGUACAGAAAAGAAAAUUGUUAAAAAUGCUUCUCUUGAAAACAUAUUUGUUGUCUUCUCAGACUGAAUGUAUGAGUGCUUUUUCAAAAGUAGUUCAUUGAUCUCCUGGUUUUUCAAUAUAACAUUAAAAA